GGAACGUAGGAAUCGGACCGUACGCGUAUUUGAAAGCGGGCUUUUAAGUUUGGUCGCCAACCGCGACUCUUCAAUUAUAUUUGGUUUAUUUAACAAAAAUUGAAAAUUGCUCUUGAGUGCGAGUUGUAUAUCGCCUACGCGCCUAAAAACGAAUUACUUGAAAACGAUUUCAUAGCAAAAAUAUACUAAAUGUAAUUACGAAUAUAUGAAUAAACAUUUCCGUGCGCGGUAGAAAUUAUAAAGUGAAUCGUGGAAAAGUGAAAAAAGUGUGUGAGAAGAAGUAAAAUUCUGAAUGGAAAAGAAUUAUGGUGAAUUAAAUACUCAGUGAUAAAUUUGUAAAAAAAAAGUAUUUUUUAAACCAAAAAAGCUUUGAAUGAAGUGAAAAAAUAUAUAUUCUUUAUAAAAGUUACGCAGAAGUGAAUGUCGUCUCGCCAAUAAGAAAAAAUAGGUCCUUUAUUAAAGUCUCAGGCAAAUUAAAAAUAAAAAAAAAAACAUAAAAAUUAUUGUGUCGCCCCCUGUGUCACUAUGAGCUCAUUUCUAAUGGGUUAUCCACACGCGCCACAUCACGUUCAAAGCCCGAUGGGUAUGGGUAAUGGCUUAGAUCCGAAAUUUCCUCCCGUUGCCGAUGACUAUCAUCACUAUAAUGGCCACUACUCUAUGACGGCAACGACGGGACAUAUGUCGGGUAUGGGUGCAACCAUGGGCGGUGGCAUGCCACCUAGUAUGCCGACGCAUCCGCAUGCCACGCACACUGCUGACAUGGUCAAUGAUUACAUGGCAGCUGCUGUCCACCAUUCUGCCGCUAAUCAUCAUCCGCCGCACCCGCAUGCUCAUACAAAUAGCGCGCUCUCAGGUCACCAUCAUAAUAACGGUUAUACGAAUUAUGCGCCAACACCCACUCAUCAUCACCACCAAAGUCUCGGCUACUAUGGUCAUCAUGCGGCUGCGAUGCAUACUGGUCCGCCGGAAUUCAUAUCGGCUGGAGCGGUGCACUCAGAACCUAUUACACCGUUGGGGAAUGGUGUUUAUCCACCGCCGGUAAAUACGCCGAACGGUAUAAGCGCUUCACUCACCUCAAAUGGAUAUUAUAAUGGUUAUUAUGGUACAAAUGGCAGUGUCGGCAGUGCUCAUUCGCAAGGUCAUUCGCCACACUCGCAAAUGAUGGACAUGCCCCUGCAAUGCUCUUCGACGGAACCGCCGUCCAACACGGCACUGGGACUGCAGGAACUAGGUCUCAAAUUGGAAAAGCGCAUCGAGGAAGCAGCACCCGCCGGACAACAACUACAGGAAUUGGGCAUGCGGUUACGCUGUGAUGAUACUGGGUCGGAAAAUGAUGAUAUGUUGGAUGAGGAUCGUCUUAUGUUAGACAGAUCGCCUGACGAGUUGGGUUCAAAUGGAAAUGAUGAUGAUUUGGGCGAUUCGGAUACAGACGAUGAUCUAAUGGGCGAAACAACAGAUGGCGAAAGAAUCAUAUAUCCAUGGAUGAAGAAAAUACAUGUGGCGGGCGUUGCAAAUGGCUCCUAUCAGCCGGGCAUGGAACCGAAACGCCAACGCACUGCUUACACCCGCCACCAAAUACUCGAAUUGGAAAAGGAAUUUCACUACAAUCGUUAUCUCACACGACGAAGACGCAUCGAAAUCGCACAUACACUGGUGCUAUCGGAGCGACAAAUCAAAAUCUGGUUCCAAAAUCGACGCAUGAAAUGGAAAAAAGAUAAUAAAUUGCCCAACACGAAGAAUGUGCGCAAGAAGACGGUCGACGCGAAUGGAAAUCCAACACCGGUAGCGCCGAAGAAACCAAAAAGAGUGAGUGCAAAGAAGCAAGCGCAGCAACAACAACAACAACAGCAGCAGCAACAAUUGCAGCAGAGUAGUCAGCAACAAACACAACAACCUCCAGUAAUAAAUGAGUGCUUACGAACGGAUAGUUUGGAAAGCAUAGGCGAUGUCAAUUCGUCGCUGGCGAAUACACCGUAUAUGCCUAUCUCCAGUGAUCCAACGAACAUGCUUAACGCUGCAGCGCUGCACCAGCAUCCAUGCAAUAACAGCAGUAACAACGGAAGCGGCAGCUACACAGGAUCUCAACAACAACAACAAUUGCCAAAUAGUCAUACGAAUGGUGGCAUUAAUGGUGUACCUGGCAGCUUACAGGCAACCAACAACAACAAUCAAAUGCAUGCGAGCCUCCAUCCCGCCAAUCAGCACACACACACGUCCCUGCCGCCGCCAACGCAGCAACCGGAUAUGAUGGCGAAUCUGCAACAUAUAAAACAGGAUUAUGAUCUAACCACACUGUAGAAAUUGCGCAUAUGGGACAGACGCUCGGCCUAGGGUUCUUAAAGUAUAGACAAAUUAAUUAUUUUCAUACAAACGAGUCUUGAAUUACAUUUACCUGCACUUUUAGUCUCUUAAAUGCGUACUACAUUAACUGUAAAAGUAAGAAUUUUAUGAGUUCGCACUCACUAUGUCUCAAUCGUCGUAUUUUUGUAAUUUGGUGGGCAGUGAACAAUUAUCUUAUUUAUUUAGGCAAUAUUCAUGUUAUUUACUUAUAGAAAACUGGAAAUGGAAAUUUUUAUUAUAUUUUGCUCGCAUUACACUUUAUGAGCAUAAUAAGUGCAAACUAUGUUUACCUUAACCUCGAAAAUCUUAUAAUUUUGCUUUUUUCUUCAAAAGACAUAAUUAAGUAGCUUUUCAAAUUGCCAUUUUCAAUGAUGGUCAAUAACAGAUUCGGAAAAUGCAGUGAAUUAGUUAAGUUGAAAUAUUAAUGUGCAUAUAUGCUAUAAAUACAAGUACAUAUGUGCAUAUGUAUAUGUGUACAAAGUGUUUCUGUACAGUCUGUACAUAUACAAGUACAUAAGUAGUGAUUUAAACUGUAGAUAUUAC